AUGUUUGCAUACGAACCAGUCAUUCAGCUAUUCGAUCCACCUAACACCUCUUCCUGCUGGUGGGGAUAUCCGCCUAAAUCCCAAUUGUGUCGCAACCACCUUAGAGGCUACUGUCCGUACGGCGCGCGCUGUUCCUACCUUCACCAGCGGCCUUACAUGCAGACAUCGAAGCUAGAGCCUCCGUCAAUUGACAAUUUCCCCAUACACCACUUCGAGAUGAGGAACCGGUCGAUGGUUUUCGAUGAACGUGUUCACGACGAUACGUCCGAUACGCUACCAGCCGACAUCACUGCAUCGGUUCUCAGACGGUAUAGCGAGGAUUUCUCGUCAGAAUCCUCGAGCACUCCGUCCGACGACCUGCAACCUCUUGAGGAGGCUGGUCAAAAUGAUUUCAAGCUGGAUUCAGAUCAUGCCUCUUAUCCGCCGCCUCCUCCUGGCACUCCGACCUCCGCAGAUGGUUUCCCUUUGUCUCCAUUUCAUGAGACGCAGUUGCAUAGUCCCGCAUAUGCCGCUUGUAGAACAAGGUCAUCGCUGGCCGAUUCUUCAACGUCGAGGCGACAAAAAUCUAGUGAUUAUCAGGGUCUCACGCGUAGGAGUAUGUUUUAUAAAACGAAACCUUGUAAGUUCUAUCAUGCCAAUGGAUCAUGCAUCAAGGGAGACAAGUGCAACUUUAUACAUGGUUCUCUUACAGAAGCACAAAGUAUCGCCCAUAAUAAAGAAGGGCUGCCUGCGCCGAAUGAUUAUGCUUGUUCAAGUUCCACUAGCAGCACUGAGAGCGGUGAAGCUUCAGGUCGUUCUCGGGACAAUACUCCAAAAACCUCUCCCCUUGCAACAGAGAGUAAUAUGGCGAAGAACUUUUACCCUGUGACAUGGCGGGUUAUUGGUGGUGGUGUCAUGAUGGGAGGACAACGAGAGAUGUGUCAGGAUUUCAUGGCAGGGCGAUGUAGUGAAGGUGAUGAUUGCAGGUUCGCACAUCCAGAAGACGACAGUACCCCCCUCUUCCCUGUGGAUGGCAGAUUGUCUGCGAUGGCUCCAGGCCUGCCUAGUCCUUGUGCUGACGCGAUGAAUCCGGCUGUUGCGCGCCGAUACCUUCACGAUGGCGCGCUGGUAACAUCUCGUCCCGUGGAAUCCAUGCUCUUCCCUCGUAGCCGUCCUAAAUAUCGUCGGAAGAUUAUUCCUAAGCUCGUUAUCAUUCCGCCUCCACGAACCAUACUUUCUCCUGAAAACUACUCGGCACAUCGUAUCGUGGACGGUAGCAGUCUCCGUCAUUAUGAAUCGCCAGAUUCACAGGACACUCACCGAGUUGCGUCGGAUAGUCCUGAAGCCGUCGCAAGGAGCUUAGUGAGGCCACUCUCGACUCCUCCUGUCACUGUUACGAGGAAUAUUAAGGUGCAAAGGCUAUUUGCUGCGGAGUCGCCUUGA